UAGAGAUGGGAUUUCACUAUGUUGAUGAACAGGCUGGUUUUCCUGAGUUUUUCCUUUAUUCUAAGACAUGAAAACCCUUGGAGGAGUUCCAGGUUGACAGAUGAUGCUGUAUUUUCUUUCCUAGGUAGCUUCUCAGAUGCUGACCUUGCAGAUGGCGUUUCAGGUGGAGAAGGAAAAGGAGGCGGUGAUGGUGGAGGAAGCCACAGGAAAGAAGGGGAGGAGGCGGACGCCCCAGGUGUGAUCCCCGGGAUUGUGGGGGCCGUCGUGGUCGCCGUGGCCGGAGCCAUCUCUAGCUUUAUUGCUUACCAGAAAAAGAAGCUGUGCUUCAAAGAAAACGAUGAGCUGAAGACCUAGGGGUGAGCAGAGAACCCAGCCCAGGCCUGCGGAGCAUCCUGACCGUAAUCGUUUUAUCUGCUAAGAUGCAGCCUUAAAGCAAACCCUUCCAUCUGCCACUCCCCUCGCCCCGCUGGCAAAUUCCCACCACAAUGGGAUUCUCACUCACAUGACGGAUUCUCUGCCUUCAAUUCCAUAUGCUUUUGCCUUUGUUGAUGCACAGAAGCUCAUUAUAGCAAAUCAUAUUUCUGCAUAAGAGCUUCAGAAAAUGAAGAGAAGUACAGAUAUGUUCUUUUAAACGUAAAUGUAACAGGGCAGUGACUUUCAUGUUUUAAUGAGUUUUGUCCCCAAGACCAUCCCUGCCAAGGGAACAAACUGGGACCCGGGGUGGCCACCCACUUCCCUGCAGUAUCCUAGGUUAAGCUCACUCACGUCCUAAGGAUUUGACUUUCCAGGUCAUGCAUGGAUUUUUAAAUCUUCAACCUUUUCAGCCCUUGACUUGCAUUUCUCACUGCACUUCCUAUGAAGCGGUUCUUAACUCUUUCUGUGAUCCGUGUUCCAAACAGGUGCAUAUCUUGGUUCCUAGAAAAACAAAAUUCAUAUGUUGAGCAAUCACC